AUGUCCUCCAACACGACUAAAUCCAUUUUCAAAUCAGAAACCAAGUCCAUCUUCAACCCCGGAGAAACCCCCAUCAUCAAGACCGAAGAAACCCUGCUCCAAAGGAUCUUCCGCAGAAAGUCGUCCACCAAAGGCAGCGUCGACCUCCUCUCGGACGCCGCCUCAAUGACAUCCACCGCACCCCUGGUCAGACCGUCGGAUAGUGCUUCUAUUCGUCCCUCGGCACCACUAAGGACGACGUCGAACGAGGAACAGGCUUCCUUCAACAGCUUGAUGGACAAGGCUAGGACAAUGAAUCCCGAUGAGUUCAAGGCGUAUCUUCGCCAGUACAAGGAAGACGUCGAGACCAUGUACCGGAGACAGGGCGGCGGCGUCACGGGCGGAGAUUGGAUUUACCGCGAUCCUCAUAUCCUUGGCCCUCUAUGA